CUUGCCUCCCACCACCACAGCCAUGGCCUCCGCCUCGCACCUCGCCCUCGGCGGCCUGCCGCAGCCCGGCGCCCUCGGCCUCUCGCUCGCCACAUGGCGCGCACAGGCGGCGCCGCAGCUGUACGCGCUCGCCGUGCUCUUCUUCAAGGCCUUUCCCUUCCUCCUGCCGCUGCUGCGCCACAUCAACGCGCCGCACGGCCGCUUUGCGCUGCCGCAGAGCCGCCUCAACCUGCCCGGCAACGCCGCGUGGAUCGCCAUGGAGCUCUGGAGCCCCGUCGUCUUUGCCGGCGCGCUCCUCUCGCCGCCGCUCAUCGCCGGCACGGCCGCGCCGCUGUGGCAGCCGAGCCUGGCGCGCCUGGCGCUCCUGCCGCUGCCGAACCGCAUCCUGGCGCUGCUCUACCUGACGCACUACACGCAUCGCGCACUGCUUCAGCCGCUGCGCAGCCCACCGCGCUCGCCGAUCCACCUGAGCGUAGCUCUCUCGGCGACCAUGUUCAACACCCUCAACGGCCUCAUCAUGGGCUCGUGGAUCGGCGGCCGCUCGCCGCCCGUCGAGCUGCCCGGGGUGCGCGCAGUCAUCCUCUCGCCCGGUCUGCUGCCGCGCUGGGCGCUCGAGAGUCCGCUGUUCUGGCUAGGCGUGGCUGGCUGGGUUGUCGGCUUUGCGGGCAAUGUGUGGCACGACGAGGUGCUGAUGAACCUGCGGCGCAAGCCAAAGGGCCAGCGGGCCGACAAGAAGGAGAAGCCGCGCUACGAGAUCCCGCACGGCGGCCUCUACCGGUACAUCAGCUACCCCAACUAUCUCUGCGAGUGGUUCGAGUGGUUCUCCUUUGCCGUCGCCGCGCUCGCCCUCUCGCCCCUCUCGCCCCUCUCGCCGCUGGCGCCCACGCUGCCGGCCAUGACGCGCGUGGCGCUGCUGCUCUCGGCGCCGCCGCUCGUCUUUCCCAUCUGCGAGGUGGUGGCGAUGCUGCCGCGCGCCGUCAACGGGCACAAGUGGUACCAUUCAAAGUUCGGCGUCGAGGGCGACGGCAAGGACGGCCGAUACCCCAAGGACCGCACGGCCGUCAUCCCGGGCCUUCUCUGAGUGAAUGCAUUCCUGUCUCCUC